GCUAGUUGCCGUCAAGCUACAUUCAUGGCUGCCGAAGACACAUCAUCCGCUCUCUCUCUCAAGUACUCUCCAACAUGGGCAUUAGCCACCGUUUGCUUCAUCAUCAUCUCCAUUUCCAUUCUCAUCGAACAUUGUAUCUCUCUUCUUAUUCGUUGGCUCGAUCGAUAUCGAAAGAAUGAACUAAAGGAAGCUGUCCAAAGCCUUAAAUCUGAGCUGAUGCGUCUGGGAUUCAUAUCCCUCCUACUAGCUGUAAUUCAAGAACCAGUCUCUCGUAUUUGCAUACCGGCAAAGGUCGCCGACACCAUGCUUCCAUGCCGUAAAGAGCCGGCCCCUGCUGCAACUUCGGCCCGAGCAUUGUUUAGCAGUAUGGUUUGGGAUUUUGAGCCCUUCGAAAUCGAAACGGGAGCGGGGCAUGGUUUAUAUGGUGGUGUUUCUUGGCAGCCGCAUAGGAGAUUGAGCGGCAAUGAGAGUAGUGGUGCAGUGGUUUCUGAUUUCUGUACUUCCAAAGGAAUGGUUUCAUUUGUGAGCCAAGCUGGGAUGAAACAGCUCCAUGUCUUCAUUUUUGUGCUGGCUGUUAUGCAGAUCGUGUACUGCGUUCUCACCAUGGCCUUUGGAAGGGCUAAGAUGAGGCGAUGGAAAGCUUGGGAGGAAGAAACUCGCACAGUUGAAUAUGAAGUUGCAAAUGAUCCCUAUCGUUUUAGAUUAGUGCGCCAAACAACAUUUGGAAGGCGACACAUGAAUUCUUGUAUAGAAACAUCACUUCAGCUUUGGAUUAAAUGUUUCUUCAGACAGUUCUUUCAGUCAGUAGCAAAAGUUGAUUAUCUCACUUUGAGGCAUGGUUUUAUAUCGGCACAUUUGUCAAGCAGACACAACAACUUCAAUUUCCAAAAGUAUUCACAACGUUCUUUGGAGGAAGAUUUCAAGGUUGUAGUUGUCAUCAGUCCUCUGAUGUGGUUGAUAGUUGUUAUCUUCUUGCUUAUGGAUGUGCACGGUUGGAAUGUGUAUCUGUGGGUAUCCUGCGCGCCACUUUUGAUAGUGUUGGUUUUGGGGACAAAACUUGAAGUGAUUGUGGCGCGGAUGGCCCUUAGAAUGAGGAAUCAGAGUGACGUUGUAAGAGGAGCUCCCCUUGUUCGGCCAGAUGACAGUCUCUUUUGGUUUAGGAACCCAAGAUUUGUUCUCACUCUUCUACAUUUCACUCUGUUCAUGAAUGCAUUCGAGAUGGCAUUCUUCAUAUGGGUAACGAUAGAGUUUGGGUUGGAGUCUUGUUACCAUAAGAACACCGUGGUCAUUGUCACCAGAGUUGCAUUGGCUGUUACAGUUCAGGUUCUUUGCAGCUACAUCACUCUUCCUCUUUAUGCACUAGUCACACAGAUGGGUUCACGAAUAAAGGGAAAGGUACUAGAGGAGAAAAUGGCCAAAAUUAUGAAGCAAUGGCAUGCCGAGGUGAGGGAUAAGAGAAAGAAAAGAGAACAGUUGUCUUUGCAAAUGUUAUCUCCUUGCGCUUCUUUUUCGGCAGAAUGGAGCCCUAGAAAUAGCAGCGUUAGUGCCAUUGAGUUUUCCUCUCUCACCACAAAGCCCACAGCUGUUAUGGUUGGUGACAGUAGUAAAAAAUUUUCAAGUAGAAGAAGGAUUAUUGAAGAGCAAUUAGAGAUAGUAAGAGAGGAGGAAAGUGCAGGUUCACAUACCAUGUCCAACGACGAUUAUGCUGAAACUAUUUAAUCGUUGAUGAAGAGGCUGACAUAUACUACGUGGGCUGGCUCUUAAUUUAUAUAUCAUGUAUAAAUAUUCAUAGUUGUACAAAUUAAUUAAUACCGUGUGUGUAUGUAUAUAAUAUGCCUAAGUAAGAUCAUUGCCUUGAUAUUAUUAAUUAUAUGUCGUGGGCCUGGUCACAAGCUCUUUUU